AUGGCUGAUUAUUUGAUAACUGGGGGUACAGGUUAUGUACCCGAUGAUGGCCUUACUGGGGCACAACUUUUUGGUGGUGGAAAUGGUAUGACUUACAAUGAUUUUCUGAUUCUACCAGGUUUUAUAGAUUUCUCAGCUGAUGAAGUGGAUUUGACGUCUGCUCUCACAAGAAAGAUAACUCUGAAAGCACCAUUAGUUUCAUCACCAAUGGAUACAGUCACAGAAUCACAGAUGGCCAUUGCCAUGGCUUUAUGUGGUGGUGUUGGGGUUAUCCAUCAUAAUUGUACACCAGAAUUCCAAGCUAAUGAGGUCAGAAAGGUCAAGAAAUAUGAACAGGGUUUUAUAUUAGAUCCAGUAGUUAUGUCCCCUAGUAACACAGUAUCAGACGUACUAGAAGCUAAAAAACGUUAUGGUUUCUCCGGAAUACCAAUCACAUCGAAGGGACAUAUGGGAGAGAAAUUGGUUGGCUUGGUUACACAGAGAGAUAUAGACUAUCUAGAUAUAGACCAGUAUCAAACACCAAUUUCUGAGGUAAUGACGAAAUAUGAAGAUUUAGUGGUAGCUAAAGCUGGUGUUACAUUAAAGGAAGCCAAUCACAUUUUACAACAGAGCAAAAAAGGCAAAUUACCAAUAGUCAAUGAAAAUGAUGAAUUGGUAGCUUUAAUAGCUCGUACAGAUACUAAGAAAAAUAGAGAUUUCCCUCUCGCUUCCAAAGAUGAAAAAAAACAGUUAGUUGUAGGAGCAGCAGUCAGUACACAUGAAGAUGAUAAACACAGAAUAGAUUUACUAGUUCAAGCUGGUGUAGAUUUUAUAGUCUUGGAUUCAUCACAAGGUAAUUCUAUCUAUCAAGUUAAUACUAUAAGAUAUAUGAAACAGAAGUAUCCUGGUAUACAGAUUAUUGGUGGCAAUGUUGUAACAGCUGCCCAAGCUAAGAAUCUGAUAGAUGCUGAUGUAGAUGGAUUAAGAGUUGGUAUGGGAAGUGGUUCGAUAUGUAUCACACAGGAAGUAAUGGCAGUAGGUCGACCACAAGGUACAGCUGUAUAUAAAGUGGCAGAGUAUGCUCGUAGAUUUGGUGUUCCAGUAAUAGCUGAUGGUGGUAUAUCUUGUGUUGGACAUUGUAUGAAGGCUUUGUCAUUAGGAGCAUCAAUAGUGAUGAUGGGAUCAUUAUUAGCCGGUACGUCUGAAGCUCCUGGAGAAUAUUUCUUCGCUGAUGGAGUUCGACUUAAGAAAUAUCGUGGUAUGGGUUCAUUAGAUGCCAUGGAGGCUCAUAGAAGUAGUCAGAGUAGAUAUUUCAGUGAUUGUGAUAAGAUUAAGGUAGCACAGGGUGUGUCAGGUAAUAUUGUGGAUAAAGGAUCCGUCCAGAAAUUUGUACCGUAUUUAAUAGCUGGAAUCAAACAUGGCUGUCAAGAUAUCGGUGCUAAAAGUUUGUCUAUUUUAAGGUCAAUGAUGUAUUCAGGAGAGUUGAAAUUUGAGAGAAGAACAACGUCUGCUCAAAUAGAAGGUGGUGUUCACAGUUUACACUCGUAA